AUGGAUUUGACUAAAGAGCUUAUGAAAAAUAUAACUCGAUUUAAAAAAAAGAAACGUAAAUCUCUACUUCCCACAAUGGACAGUAUUUCCAGGAGGAACCUAAAUCGUUUGCGUAAUAAAAUUAAGGCACUGGAAGUAAAGGCUGAGCGAUUCAAGGAGAAAAAUCGACGUAGAAUAAAGGAAUUAGCACGAAGGAGACAAAAAAUAAAAGAGGAGAAACGAAAGCGAAUAUGUAUGGAGAAAAUGAAAAAGAAAAGACGUCUAAUCAGAGAAAAGGAAUUGCGCAAGUUGCGUAAGUUAAAGCGUAUGGCUCGUAAUAGGAAGUUAGCAGAGCUUAGACGUGCUGCUAACAUAAAAAGGAAGAAAUUGGAAAAAUUACGAAAAGCGCGGGCCCAAGAAAUACAGAGAAGGCAAAGAAUGAAACAACGAGCUAUAUUAAACAUUGUCAGGAGAAAGAGACAGGAACGUAUUGAGUACAUGAGAGCAUUACGAAAACAAGAAAAAUUGCGUAAUGAGUUAAUGAGAAAAGAACAAGAGUUAAAACAGAAGCAAGAAACUAAAAGAAAACUUACAGUAGAACUUAGGAAACUGCAACGAACAAGUGUUAAUAAACUGUUUUCCAAUAAUCAGAGAAGUCAUUUACAGCGUGCAACUGGGGGUCAGGAAAACAUAGAUCCACAAGACUUAGCAGACUGGUUAUUAAACGAGGAAGAAACAUAUAAAAUUGUGGCAAGUAAAAAGAAAAAACAUAUUCCACAUGUUUUGAAGUCAGACAUAAUAGCAGAAUUAAAAGCACUAGAAAAGAAAACCAAAAUGCAACCUAAACUAAAACAAAAGCGAAAAAAGAAGAAAAAAAAAUGUAAAGUAAAGUCUGUUUUACCUCCGUCGAUUUCAUCUCAAUUAGAAGAACUUCCUACAAAAAUAAUUCCUUUUCAGGCCAAUAUCAAAAAACAACCAUAUACCUUUCAUGAAACUAAAAGUGCUUUAAUGGAAUCGGGGUUUAUUAUGGAUUCAAAUAAAAAAUCCAAAAUUAAAAGCAAACACCCUCAAAAAGAAGAAUAUGAAAUAUUACAAAUAUCUGGUUCAAAAUCGAAACUUUUUCAAGAUGCCGAUAUGACAGUGAGAAGGAAACUAGGGUCUCAAAAAAUUCUUAACGACAUACCAGCAAAUGAGUUUUUGGGAAAUUUACCAGUUCCAGCACAAAAACUGUCUGGAAGAGAUAAAAAUUCACACCGGUUAUCGUCUAUAAACGUCUACAAAGUUAGAACAGAUAAACUAAACCAAGUAGAACGACAUUCUUUAAGAAAAUCGUUGAAUUUGCGAUCUGGUCGAAAAGAUUCCAUCAAAAAGGCUUCAAACCAAACACUAGAAUUAGUGCCUAAUGGGGAGGGGAAUUAUGACGAAGUGGAACCAUAUGAAGAUCCUGAUGUCUACCAAUAUUACAUACAACAUGAGAAAAAAGUUUCAAAAGUUUCGUUUGGUGCACAGCCCAAACUAGAGGCAUCAAGAAAACGUAAAAGAAGUUCAUUUACUUCAAAAUAUUCUACAAGAUCAAGGUCAAGGUCAAGUUCUUUGAGUAUGAACCCAAAACAUUUCGAAAGAGAUUCACGUUUGUCUGGGUUAAGUUUACAGUCAACAUUAGAAAUGCUGAAGUAUACAUCGUCGUCAGACAAGAAAAAAAUUCAAACAUUAGAUGAAAGAAUAAAGACAUUUGAAAAAAGGCGAUCACACUUAAUGAAAAUUAGGCAAUAUUUAGAUAAAACUCUUCGACAUAAACAAGAACCAAACCGGGAGGAUUCCGUUACUUCAAUGUAUAUUUUCGAACUUAACUUAGAAUCGGAACCAGAAAAAGAAAAGGAACACACGCAUUUGUAUAGUGGAGAAUACCCUGAGGAUACAGAAGGGGAGAGCGAAUGGGCAAAUGAUGUGCAAGAAGAGACUGAAACAUCAAAAAAAAUUGGGAUAAAAAAACAUGCAACUACGCAAUUACAAAUGGAAGCCGAAGCUGAUAUAAGCGGUUAUAGCGAUGACGAGGAAUCGGAAGAAUCGCGGAAUCCUUUGCGGCCUCGAAAGCCAAGUCAGUUAAGGUACUCUAGACGAAGUAGAGCCGCACGAGAACACCCACCAAAGGUACGAGCAUUGGAACCGGAAAGCGAUUCGCAUAAAAAUAAACUUGGUAAAGAAUUAUACGAAAAACUUAAGCAAAAAGGUAAGGCUGAAGAAAACCCAUUCAUUCGAAGAGUAUCAAAAUUAGAUGAACAAAAGUUGCGGGACUAUUACCGUAAGUUUUACAAAUUAAAACAGAAGCUAGAAAAUGCCGAAUCUGAUACCAGUUUUAGACAAUUUAGAUAUGCCGGUUCCAUAUAUAGAAAAUCUACAGAGUUUCGUCCAAAUCGACCACCACCUGUAAUAGAAGUUCAAACAACUAGGAGAGGAACACAGCAAGAAGUUAAAAUUGUUAGAAAAAAAAUAAGUUGCCCUGCUGAUGUCGAGUCCGAAGUUGAUGAACCUAAAAUAUGUGAGGCAUGUGGUAUGAGUAAUUGUUGCGGUAAAGAGGUGUUACGAUGCAAUUACAAGAAGACUUAUUACUAA